AUGUGGAAAAAGGGUCUGGUUAAUUGGGAGGAUUAUAGAAAUGCUGCCAGAAUAUGUAGAGACUCAACAAGAAAGACUAAGGCUCUCUUGGAACUUAAUCUGGCUAGGGAGGUGAAAGAACACAAUAACUUUGUCAAAUACAUCAAUGAGAAAAGUGAGAAUAGGAAAAAAGUGGGUCCAUUGCUAAAUGACGUGGAAGAUAUGAUAACAGAGGAUGCAGGGAUGGCAGAAUUGUGGCAUGCCUUCUUUUCUCCUAAAACUAGCCCUCAGGAAUCCCAGUCACUGGAAGUAAGGGAACAAAACUGGAGUGAGGAAGACUCUCUACUAGUCAGUGAGGACUGGGUUAGAGACCACUUGGAGCAACUGAAAAUGCACAAAUCCAUGGGCUCUGAUGAGGUGCAUCCACGUGUGCUGAGAGAGGUCUCCAUGUGGAAUUCUAACCAAGUCAAAAGCAGUAGUGUUGAGGAUUCAUUGGAAACAGCCAAUUUAAUCCCCCAGCUAGCUCAAGCUUCAUGGAAACAAAUAUUAAAAAAGAGUGUGAACAAAAACUGUAGCACUCUGCCAAGUGCUGGAGAGGCCUCUGCUAAAGUCUCUAGCAUCUUGCCUUCAGAGCAGGUUUCAACAUCUAAUGUGUCAGAUCUUCCCAUUAUUUUGCCUGAAGUAGUACAUCCAGAAGAUGGACCCCAGAAAAGACGACCGGGCACUGUAAUAAUAUCAAAACGGUCAGAUUCUUCAAACAUGUCUAGAACACCUCUGAAUCGGCCUGUGAUCCCACCAAGAAGACCUUCCUUCAGGGUAUGCUAUAUCUGUGGCAGAGAAUUUGGGUCGCAGUCUCUUUCUAUACAUGAACCCCAGUGCCUGGAGAAGUGGCGUAUUGAAAACAAUCAUCUGCCAAGGCAUCUCAGAAGACCAGAGCCCAGGAAACCUGAAGUUCUUACUGGUGGUUCCCAUACACUUAGAGCUGAAAAUGAGGCAGCUUAUCAAAGUGCUCAAGCCCAGCUCCUGCCCUGUGGAAACUGUGGACGAACCUUCUUUCCUGACCACCUCAUUGUGCACGAAAAGUGUUGCAGAGGAGGUAGUAGCAGCGUGGGUCUGUCAGGCUCUUGCCCCACUAAAUCAGGUAAAGGCCUAUGCUCUGCGUCUGGCUCAGUGAUAAGACGGCCACCAGCAGUGAUUUGUUACAUAUGUGGCCGUGAGUAUGGAACAAAAUCUAUUAACAUCCAUGAGCCACAAUGCCUGAAAAAAUGGCACCAGGAGAAUGACAUGCUACCCCGGCACUUGAGAAGGCCAGACCCCAAAAAGCCUCAAGUCAAUCCCCUACAAGCCAAAGGUUUCUAUGAUCUUGAUUCUUUAAACGAGGCUGCCUGGAUCAGCGCCCAGAACCAGCUAGUUCCAUGUGAUAUUUGUGGGCGUACUUUUCUUCCAGACAGACUGAUCGUCCAUCAGAAGUCCUGUAAACUGAAACCUGCAAAAUGA